AUGGCCUUCUUUUCACGUCGCUGGUAUUGGCUCUUGGUCCAGAUUCUUGUUGCCGUGUAUACCAUUGCAUCCGUUGGCUAUCUCAUAUAUAGACCUCGAAAUCCAUGGAAUGCGCCACAUGAAGAAGAGGGUGAAUCAAUAGUGGGUCGUAUAUCUAGAAAGCAACCGAAUUAUUAUGUGACCGGUCCACGUGAUAACCCAAAACAACUUACGAUCCAUUUACCAGCACCUGGUAAUACGACGACACGGGUGAAUGCUGGAUUCGUGGUGCUUGUUCGUAAUUCAGAGCUAUCAGGGAUGUUAGGAUCCAUGUAUGAUGUUGAGUCACGAUUCAAUCGAAAGUACAAUUAUCCAUGGUUGUUCCUGAACAAUGAACCAUUUACUGAGGAAUUCAAGCAGAGAACAUCACAAGCAACGAAUGCAAAAACUUACUAUGGCUUUGUGGAUUCUUCAAUGUGGUCCUAUCCACCAUGGAUCAAUCAAUCGUUUGCUGCUGAAUCACGUGAAAUGAUGGCUGAACUCCCAUAUGGUGACAGUGAGAGCUAUCGUCACAUGUGUCGUUUCCAAAGCGGCUUCUUUUGGCGACACCCUCUUUUGCUUGAACUUGGAUGGGAGUACUAUUGGCGCGUGGAACCUGAUGUCCGUUACUUUUGUGAGCUUGACUACGAUCCAUUCGUGUACAUGAAGGAGAAUGGGAAGCAGUAUGCUUUCACCAUUUCGUUUAUUGAGAACAUCGACACCGUACCAAGUCUAUGGAAUGCCGUACGACGAUUUGCCAAAGAGAGUGCCAGCAAAGGAAAGGAUCAUUUCAAGUUGAAGGCCAAGGACAGCUUGCAUCGGUUCGUGACAGAUGCCAGAGCAGAGGAGUACAACGCCUGCCACUUUUGGACCAAUUUUGAGAUUGCGCGUGUCGACCUGUGGCACACGGAUGCAUACAAGGAAUUCUUUGACUAUUUGGAUAUGGAUGGUGGAUUCUUUUAUGAAAGAUGGGGAGAUGCACCUGUGCAUUCGAUCUUUGCAUCGCUAUAUCUCCGGAAGGAUGAAGUUCAUUAUUUUCAUGACAUUGGGUACCAGCACUCCACAUACCAACAUUGCCCAGAAUCAGAGGAGCUUCAAAGUCGAUGUUACUGCGAUCCUGUCAACACACUCGAUUACACGGAUCCAAUGAGCUGCCUUAAUCAGUAUAUGUAUGCAUUGGAUGAAGAUUCACCAGGCACUGAUGAAACGGUGGGCGAUCUCUUGGUGGCUGCAUGA